CAGACCCACCGAUGUUUACGUUGUUCCUCAGUUGAAUCCAAACAUUGUUCAUGUCGUUAGUUGUUUUUCGUGGCGGUUUGCGAAAAAAUUGUGUUUUUCACCGAUUUACGUGUUAUUAAGUUGUUAUUUCCUUCUGGAGAGUGCGCAAAAUAGUUAUCCAUCAAAAUGGAUCAAUAUCCCACGGAGGAAGAGGAAUUUGAGUUGAUGUACGGCGAUGACCUGGAAGCUAUGAAUGAUAUGGAUAUCGAGAUGAAUCCAGCCACCCCGGGUCCAUCGAGAGCUAAGGAGAAGCCAGCAGAUCCACCUCGAGCAUCGACAUCACAUUCGCACUAUUCCCGUCCUCCGCUGGAUAGCCCCAGUCUCUCUCAAAUUAACGAAGACAGCCCACUGCGAAGUCCAGCAUAUUCAGUUAUUUCCAAGAACUCCACAACCAUCAAUAAGCGUCUGUUCGAUGGGGAUGGGAAUUACGGUCGCAUGGCUUCCACGCCGUUCCCGCGAUUGUCUCAAUCUUCGGCUACGGAUCCGUUGGCUGAAAUCCAGAACAUCGGUCUCAAUACGCGAAAGAGACGUUUGGACGCCUUGUUUGGCGAUAUUCAAGAUAUUGAAGAUGAUGGCAGUGUGUAUGACUUUUGCCAGCAGGGCAAUACAAAAAAGACCAAGACGGAAGAGGAGCGGGACAUGGAAUUGAUUGAAAAGAUUCUGGAAGCCAGGAAGCGCUUCCAAGCGAUUGUUCAUCCAACUAAAUCCAGCGGGUUGGAUAGAGCUGAGGCUUUGCAUCGGUUCAAAAUGCAAAAUUUAUCGUAUUCGUUGCCAAAAUGGCCGUUUGCUACUGUCGUUAGAAGCGAUAAAGAACGCGUCUAUGUGCGGUUUCAUUCUGAGGAGUUUGAAACCAACGCAAUUAAUGAGAUUAACUGCUUUAAAGAUGGCUAUAACGGACUGCUCGGAGACGCCAAGGAAAGAAUUUGGAAAGAGGCUAACGACAUAAUAGCCAAGCGAUUGGACGCAUCAUCCCGAGCCAUUGCACCUAACCCGGAUGUAGUCGUCGUUCCGGAUCAAGGCAACUCGUUGUGGGUUGAAAAGUAUCGUCCUAAACGGUACGUUGAUCUGCUGUCGGAUGAAACGACCAACAGAAGUCUGCUUCAGUGGCUCAAACUUUGGGAUAAGGUCGUUUUCGGACGAGAACCUAAAGAGAAGAAAGACGUCAAACAAUUGAACAGCUUUAACAAGAAGACCGGCCGAUUUGAGUCCAAUGGAGGAUGGAAAAAGAAGAAUCGCUCUGCGCUGAAUACUGAACUGGACGAGCAUGGAAGGCCAAUGCAGAAGGUAGCUCUUCUAUGUGGUCCUCCCGGUUUGGGCAAGACUACGUUGGCGCACACGAUUGCACGACAUGCUGGCUAUGUGGUGCGUGAAGUCAAUGCAUCCGAUGACCGCAGUCCAGAGGCGUUCCGUAUAGCGUUGGAAAGUGGAACUCAGAUGAAGUCGGUUUUGAAUGAGGAUAAAAGGCCGAAUUGCAUUGUACUAGACGAAAUCGACGGAGCUCCAGUCGCCACAAUCGAUUUCUUGUUAAAGUUCAUAUCAGGUUCGGUGUCCCAGAAAGGCGGUAAAAAGGGUAAAGGUGAAAAAACAGAAAAGUUUAUAUUGAAACGACCCAUAAUUUGUAUUUGCAACGAUAUGUACGUUCCUGCUUUGAGACAGUUGAGGCAGAUAGCGUUCGUAGUAAACUUUCCUCCCACGGAAUGCGCGCGAUUGGCUGAAAGGCUGCUUUCCAUCGCCAAGCGAGAGAAAAUUGAAACGGAUUUAACGUCAAUGCUGGCUCUAGCCGACAAAUCUGGGAAUGACGUCCGAUCCUGUUUGUCCAUGUUACAAUUUUGCAGUUCACUGAAGAAACCCAUCCGGCUGACCGACGUCCUGAAGAGUACCGUCGGUCAAAAAGAUCGUCACAAGGGCCUAUUCGGUAUUUGGUCUGCCAUAUUUCAGAUACAACGUCCCAAAAAGACCCUGGUGGAUGCUGAUAGCUGCGAAAGCGAUGCUAUUGUGACACUCACCGAUAUGUCUCCGGCAACCCGAAUGACCAACAUUCUGGACGUGAUACACAUGGCCGGCGAUCAAGACCGAUUGAUGCAGGGGGUGUUCGAAAACUAUCUGCACCAAAAAAUGCCCGAUCCGAACAUGGCAGGAGUAGCUGAAGCCUGUGAUUGGUUCUGCUUCAACGAUCGUAUCCAGCAGGUGAUCAACCAUCAGCAAAACUACUCCAUCUAUCCGUACCUGGCGUAUGGUUUCGUCGUGUGGCACUAUUUGUUUGCCAGUUUAGCUUGGCCAAAAAUCAAUUUCCCUAACAAGGGUUUCGAGAAUUCGCAAAAGCUGGCAACAUGCAAGCUGAUUCUCACCGGCCUACGAAAAGGACUAUCGGCACAGUUGAAAGGAAUUGGCGAAGGACCAACGGUGCUGCUGGAUACGGUGCCAUUGCUGAAACGCGUGCUAAGUCCGUCGUUGCGCUCGGUUUCUAUUCAACUGCUGACACCGAAAGAAAAAUCUGAUUUAACUCACACGGUGGAAGUGAUGGCGGACUUCGGUCUCAACUAUAUUCAACUGAAAUCAACCGAUGGAACCUAUGCGUAUCAGUUGGAUCCUGAUAUCGAACAGCUGGGGAAUUUCCCAGGUAUUGCAGGUCAAAAUCUUAACUACUUUGGCAAGCAACUGGUAGCCAGGGAAGUUGAGUUGGAGCGCAUGCGACGGGCUCAACCGAAAGCAGCUAAUAGUAGGGGCCCACCAGCAUCGAUAACCGAAAUUAAAGAGGCGAGCAGUGGAUCGAAGAAGACUAAAAAAAUCGAACCAAGGAAAGAAUCCACGGCGCAGUUACCGAAUCAUUUGCAAACAUUGAAGCCGAAGCAAAUUACCGAGAAGGUAAAGCAGGUGGUUUCCAAGGAUUUCUUCGGUCGUGUGACUACGAAGGAGACAGUACUAUCUGUUCAAGAAGGAGGAACUGAUACCAUUGUCAAAAGCCCGAUAUGGUAUCGCUACAAGGAAGGAUUUAACAAUGCAGUUCGGAAAGACGUCACGCUAAUUGAUUUGAUGUAAAUCAUCUGUACAGAUGGUAUCUUUUAAAUGAAACGUCCAAACGCAUAAA